GCACUGGGUAUGUGUCACUCAUCACUGAACCUUUCGCCAACUUGGGUCACUGAGUAUGUGCCGCUGAGUGUGUGGCAAGCCAGGGAACAACUUUCAGCAUCCGCAGGCACCGGCACACCAUGCUUUUUGUCUCGAAGGUCAUGCGUGGACUUCUCAGCAGCGCCACUAGAUGCUGCAAUGUGACCAGAAAGAAGCAUGAGAGAGGAGCCCAGUCGCCGCAUGAAGUGUUUCUCAGUGUUGCACGCCAUGCAUUUCGAAGGCCAUGCGCAGACUCCCUGGCAGCACUCCUAGAUGGCACCGAGUGUUAUUAGGAAAGCGCAAAGCGGAAUCCUACUGUAGUACACGUCUCAUACAUAACUAGUUUUGACAGUGGCAGUAUGUUGUGUUUCUAUAUUGAUUCAGUGCUAAAUGCAUUGCCAUCAACAGUCAUUGUGAGAUUGGUUCUGCCAACACUUUCUCUGUCUUAUAAGGAACAUAGGUUUUUGAAGGGUACCUGCAUGUAAGUUGACAGUUGGGAUGAUUUUGUAUCUUCACUUUUCUUUCUUUUUUUCUUUGAUUCCUGUAGUUGUUUUUAGCUGGUUUUGCUGCUUACUCUAUUUUUAUUUACCAGCACAAAUAUUGUGCGCGUCACAAUAAUCCUCAUCUGUAUAGCACUCGUGUUUGUUUACUGCUUUUCACUAUACAUCUUCGCAACAACAGUGGAUUACCAGUGAGCCCACUGCUACUCUUCUAAUCGCAUAGGUAUGCAUACCAAAAGCAUUCCAUACCUUUCACAAGUAUGCUUAAGGGUUCUUUUGAUAGCUUCGAACAGGCAAUGCAGGUUACUGUUUAAAGCAUGGUACACUAGCACAUUCAUCCCGUGGCGUGGCCAUCAGUCAUGGCAUGCUGAACCUGCCAGCUUUAGUUCGAUCACUGAAGCUAAGCGGCAUUUCACUCUGUCAGUGCUUGGGAGGGAGGCCACACGAUACACCGAAUGCGAGGGCACUAUUGUGAGGCGUUCACUUUCGGGAGCAUGAUCACUUUCAUGAGAUUGUGUGUGACUUGGCAUAAGACACAUCGCCAUAUACAGCCCACACCAUUUCUAGCCCUGCGCCAAAGUUUCUGUGCUUGCAUAGUGGCAGGAAUACUGUCAGCUGUACACUUAGGCGCUUCUUUGGCCAAGUUGCUCAAUAUCUUGCAAAAGUGGUCGUACCCUUGAAAGUGACUGUUUGAGAAUACUGCCCCUGACGGCUCCGCUGCCCUGUGAGGCAAGCACAAGUUUAACUUUGAACUUACCAUGUUUGUUUUAUUUUUAUUUUUUUGGGUGGCUUGACACAGAUGGCAGCUGAAGAGUCCCCCAGUACGUCAAGUGGCAACGAUGCCCUGGCGUUACGGCUGCUGCGGACCAAUACGUGGAGCUGCUAUUAUGGACUGCCCCUGUGGGAAUUCACCUCUGCCAAGCUCAAGGAAAUAAUGCGGGGCAUGUUGUCAGAACUUCCAGACAGCAAAGGGCGCAAGCCACGUCUUCUGUCACGGCCGUGCAACGUGCUCGGUGGCCACGAGAGGCAGGGCAAGGAGGCGUUCUUCUGCGUGGCAAGUGCGGGCUCCCGGAAGCCUCAUGCUGCAGGGCUGGUGCACAGCAGUGAGAAGAUCUCGCUGGUGUUCCUAGCGGGGUCAGUGAAUGCACGAACUCUCUUGGCCUAUGAGCUGGGAAACAGCUUUGGAGUCACCCUACUUGCUCUACAGCUGGCCCCAUGGCAGCUGUCCAUGGUCGCAGUGUGGGGCCUCUCCUUCCUCGAGCCAGAGGACCCCUCAAUGUGCUGCCUGGAACUGAACAUGGACGGUGUCAUUAUGGGCUUCAGCAGUGCGGAGGUGCUUGGCCAGCUGCCGCCACCCUCAAGGAGCGUCACGGUCGAGGACGGGCGGAAUUUCCUGCUCGCCCUCUGCAAGCGAGUGUCGAAACACGUGCUGCCGCAUCGCUACCAGGAGUUGCCCCUGUGCAGCGUGCACUUCCUCAACCUGUUUUUGUUGGACCACGAGGGGACAAUGGUGGUGCACAAGACCACGCUGGUGACCAGGCUCUUUAAGUACCUCCUGUCCAUCGCAGAACAAGCGGCCUUGGGCGACCCACCCCCCGACCUCGAGGAAGAGUGAUGGUGAUGGAGCAGCUCGUCGAGACAGAAGUGAGCGUGGGUGGAGAAAGUUUGCAGUACGAGAGUUCUUUGUGAAUGGCAGGGAAUCGGUGCAUAUAGACUGCAACUGGGACUGGCGAGCACGAAAGCACCAGCACGGUUUUAAUCUGCUUCUUUUCACUUCUGUGUGUGUCCCUUCCAACAGGCCCAGCCAACAAUCUUACCGGACUUCCGGUCACUCAGUCUGCCAUUCCCACCUAUGUGUGAACCGAUACCGUUGCGUGAAUUUGGCAGUGCCUGACAUGCAACAAGUGUGUUUAAUCGACCUUUGGUACAUGCUCAGCUUUAAAGGAGUGCACAAGGAACUUUGUGGAAACACAUAAAUGCGCAAGCAUGCAUUGUUGCCUGGCAUGUCUGUUUCACUGACUGCUCCAACAAUUGUGGAACUGCGUUGUUGACAGUUGUGUCACAAAGAGCGGGAACGCUCACUGGUCCUUUCACCCACAAGGUAGAUAGAUGCACACUGCAGAGGAGAGUUGUGACCUAUUGUGGUGAGCAAAACAAAACAAAAAUUGUGUGAAAUCAGAAUAUAAGAGGGAGGAAUGUUGCAUACAUAGUAGCUAAUAGGAGAACGCCAAGGAAUAUUUAAAUGACAAAUGAAAAGAUAUAAACAGCACUCAUGCCGGUGUCAAACACCACCAUGCCAGUUCUCAAAAGGUAAUACCAUCAUGGCUUCAACAUCUUGGACGAAAAGCUGACUUCCUCAGCUAAAAAUAAUAUUCAUGGCAGAGCUCCGGCCCCGCCAGGCUGCAGCUCUUGGAUGUCUUCCGUUUUUCAUCUCACAGGCAUUCAGUCGGACAUCCUUCCUUCAUUGUCCUGAAGUCGCCAAGCAAUCCAAAUGGGGUGCCAUGCUUUUUGGUAUUCCAAAUGUCAUCCUUGCAAUUAUCAUUGCAGAUGCAUGCACUUCUGGCAUUGCCAAUGAGCUGGGGCAUUUGCAUCAGCUCUUUCACAGCUUGAUGUGAUGUUCUAUAGUAUGCAAGACCUCCGUGGUGUCCUUGUGGGAAGGAACGGAAGAGCCUUUUAGGUGUUCAUAAGGGUUUCCUUGGGAGUUCUUAAAGAUGCAUUUCCCAGUGUUUCACUUUUACGAGGUGUGUGUAUUACAAGGCAACAGAAUAUUGAACUUACCUCUGCCAUCGUGUAUGCCUAUUCUUUUAUGUCAUCAUCAUCAAACCUUUACCCCCCCCCCCCUUCUCCAUGCAGAGUUGCAGGCUAGAGCAGCCUAGCUCAAGCCAACCUCUGUGCCAUCUUUCAAAUAAAUCCUCUCUCACUCUUGCUGCACAUAAUGUAUUUUUGUUACCCUGACUUGUUUGCUCGUGUGGUGUCAUUGUUCAUAGUCAUUCUCACAGUCAUUGUUCUCUUGGCGCUUAAGUGUUCUACCACCGACUCCAAAAAUUUAUGUGACAUGGGCUUUGCAAAGAAGAUUUUGUGGCCAACUCCAGUGGUCUCGCAUAGAACUGCAGUCUGCUCCUCCAAAUUGCUAACUGUGCCCUUAGGACUGGCAAACGUUAAAACUUUUUUGUCAGAUUCUGCAUUUUUUGCAACUUUCAGUGCCAGUUACACAUGCUCACAGCCCCUUACAUCCUGUCUCGAUCUCAUUGCAAAGACCUGUUGUACUGUAGUAUAACAAUUCAAGUCAUCCCAUAAUUCCCUAUUUAACUGCAUCAUGUCAUUCAUGUUUUAGUAUGAAUCCAAGCUAUGUUUAUGUAUUGACUUGUCACUGUUUUGCACACAAAUAAAAUUGUUUUUUAAUUGUUGGUA